AUGAAAGAUGCUAGUAAGGGACACAAACCCAUCUACAGAACCGCAUCUCCGUUCGCCCAGCCCACAAUAUCCCAGCUCCAACAACCGCAGCAUGACGCAGUAACACGGCUUCUCGUCGAAGUGCUGAGACCCAUUGGAGCAUAUCGCACAAAUAUACCCAAGCAGUCGAAAAAGAAAAGGGCCAAGAAGCGCAAGCGAAAGGCCACUCCUGCAGAGGAGGCAAAAGCGGACGAAGAUGGCAUGACAGGCGUGGAGAUCCCGGGUCUACAACCUCCCAGGAUCCAGGAAGAUGUGCUGGUUGGGUUUAAUGCCGUGACUCGCCAUCUGGAGACGCUCUCGACUUUUUCUAGCAAGGCAGCUGCCUCAACGAAGGAGGCAGAGAAGCCACGCCACGUUGCUGCGGUCUUCUUGCUGCGGCCACUGGACGAUUUGAUCUACUCCCAUCUGCCCGCACUCUGUCACACGGCGUCUUUAGCACAUGCUGAGCGUCCAGCGACGAGAUUGGUAUUGCUCGACCCUUCUGUGGAGAAGGCGGUCGCUGCUGCACUCGCACGAUCACCGAAUGUCAGUGUGCUGGCGAUUCUGGAGGCCAGUGAUGAAGAUGAGGGUAGCGAGGUAUUGACUGAGUACGUUCGUAAAGAAGUGAAGGCAAUAGACAUUCCAUGGCUCAAGCAAGCUAUGGAAGCGCAGUGGCUCGGCACACAGGUUGAUGUACAAUAG